GUUGCAACCAUUAUGAGAGACGGGCAUGUGGGCUGGAAUCAUACGGUGAUGAGACAAAAGGGGGAAUAUAUAAAAGGUCGGGUGUGAGGCAGAUGGAGAGGUCAUACUGAGAAGAGCUGGUAAUAAUUUGGACGGAUCAUUUAUAUCUUUGGUGUUUCUUCAAACACAUCUUUAAGUCAUGGCUGACUUUGACACAAUUCUGAAGUUUUGGGCUCCAGUAGAGGCGGACUAUAACACAUAUGGAGAGCUGGUUCUAAUUCGCUUAUUCACUGAGCACCCUGAGACCCGGGAGUUGUUCCCUAAAUUUGCAGGAAUUGCUCAAACUGACCUUACUGGAAACCCGGCUAUUUCUGCCCAUGGUGUCACAGUGCUGAAGAAACUGGGGGAUCUGCUGAAGGCUAAAGGCAAUCAUGCUGCGAUCCUCAAGCCACUAUCCAAGAGCCACGCCUUGAAACACAAGAUAGCUCUCGUAAACUAUAAGCUGAUCACAGAAGUCAUCGCGAAGGUCCUGGAGGAGAAGGCCGGACUCGACAGUGCAGGGAAACAGGCUUUGAAUAACGUGAUGGACGUGGUAAUCGCUGACAUUGCCACGGACUAUAAAGAGCUGGGCUUCGCAGACUUAUGUUAGCUUGCAGAAAGAAAUGUGGCUGUUUGAAAAAAAGAAACUGCUAAAUGUAAGAUUCUAAUGGAAUAAUCUAUGCAUAAUUUACAUAUUGAAUUGACACAUAACACUAUAUAUUUGUUACUGAUCACACCAUGUAUGAGUUACACCUAAGCGCACACACUAACCCACUGAUCCAGGUUAGAUUUAGAUCUGUAUUUGAUCCACCCAGUAUUUAAUGUGAUGCAAACAGAAGUAUGUGGCCCUUGUCCAGAAAGAGGACAUCAUGAAGAAACGAGGACCCAGUUCUGUAAUUCUUUUCUGACCUGUACUUUGCACUUUGGAUUUUUGUACUUUUGCCAGUCUUCUAGAUAAAAACACACUUGGAUAUUGA